UUCAUAACUCGAUCCAAACAUCUUUCUUCCCCUAUUCUCACAAUGUCUGCUCAUCUCGAUUUCAAACUGAUCUCAAAAUGCAGUACGAAAUCGAGAUCAAAUCAGACUGUGGCAUCCGCUCUCAACGGUACCCUCCUUGUGUCCCCUAACCCUUUCCCGUACUACUUCCUUAUCUCCCUCGAAGCUGGAAACAUCUUCAGAGCUUUAAUCCUAUUACUCUCCUUCCCAUUUAUCUACACCAUUUCCAUCUUCUCCAAAUCUGCAUCUGAUCAAAUCUUUAUCUUCAUCACAUUUGUUGGGUUAAGAAUCCGAGAUGUUGAGCUUGUAUGUAGCUCCGUUUUACCCCGGUUUUACGUUGGUGAUGUUCGACCUGAAACAUGGAAGGUGUUUAACUCGUUUGGGAAGAGGUACGUGGUUACAUCGAGCCCGAGAGUGAUGGUGGAGCAUUUUGUGAAGAAUUUUUUAGGGGCUGAUGAGGUGUUGGGGACUGAACUUGAGGUCUCGAAAAGUGGUCGAGCCACUGGGUUUGUUAAAGAACCAGGAGUUGUUAUUGGUGGAUUUAAAAAAGCUGCCAUUUUACAAGAAUUUGAAGGUUCGAAUUUGCCUGAUUUGGGUCUUGGAAGUGGUGAAACUGACAAAGAUUUCAUGUCCAUUUGCAAGGAAGGAUACAUGGUACAACAUACAAGAUGUGAACCCUUACCAAGGGACAAACUUCUAAGUCCGAUCAUCUUUCAUGAAGGACGUCUAGUUCAAAGGCCAACACCACUUGUAGCUCUACUUACCUUCUUAUGGAUGCCAAUAGGCAUUUUCCUUUCAAUCCUUCGGGUUUAUCUCAAUAUCCCAUUGCCCGAAAAGAUCGUGUAUUACAACUACAAGAUCCUUGGCAUCAAACUAAUCGUUAAGGGAACCCCUCCACCCCCUCCAAAACAAGGACAAAGUGGGGUGCUCUUUGUAUGCAACCAUCGUGCUGUUAUAGACCCCUGUGUAGCAUUAGCAAGAGAAAGAGAUAAAGAUGCUGCACAUAUCAAACAAUUAUUGGAAGAAGGUGAUUUGGUCAUCUGCCCCGAGGGAACAACGGGUAGAGAGCCAUUCUUGCUUAGAUUUAGUGCGCUUUUUGCAGAGCUCACAGAUAGGAUUGUCCCAGUUGCCAUUAAUACAAAACAAAGUGUGUUUUAUGGGACAACAGCUCGUGGGUAUAAGUUCUUGGAUCCAUAUUUUGUGUUCAUGAACCCUAGGCCUACGUAUGAGAUAACUUUCUUGAACCAACUACCACUCGAGCUAACAUGCAAAGGUGGGAAGUCUGCAUUUGAGGUGGCGAAUUAUAUUCAAAGGGUGAUAGGCGAUACACUUUGGGUUCGAAUGCACGAAUUUGACUAG